AGCAGGGAGGGGAAAGGAGCGGCGGAUCCUCCCAGCCCGGCGCAGGGUAACAAUGGUGCUGGCGGGGAGCAGCGGGCGCCCUGAUUGACAGCCCGAGCCUCCUAAAAAAGCUGCGGAGCAAUGGGAGAGAUGCUUAUCGGCGGCUUUAUAUAGCGGGGAGGCAGCGGGGCGAGCACAGCGGGGACAGGCCCGGGGAGCCCAUGCGAGCCGGGCGCGGCUCUGGCCGCCCCGCAGGGCUCCCGCCAUGCACGGCCAGCCCCAGCCCCAGCCCGGCCCGCAGCCCCCGCCGCGGCUGCCCGUGCCCGGCCGGCCCAAGGCAGGCAGGAGGCGCUACAAGACCUUCAUGAUCGAUGAGAUCCUCUCCAAGGAGACCUGCGACUACUUCGAGAAACUUUCCCUGUACUCCGUCUGCCCGUCGCUCCUGGUCCGGCCCAAGCCGCUGCACUCCUGCGCCGGCUCCCCUUCUCUACGGGCGUAUCCUCUCAUCUCCGUCAUCACCCGGCAGCCGCCCGUGCUACCCCAGCUGGUCCCGGCUGCUGGCAGCUCCCGGCUGCUGCCGCCCCAGCCCUGCCUGGGGGCCGUGGGCACGGAAGUUUCCCCCAGUGAGGCCCAGGGCAGCAGCGAGUCUGAGGCAGAGCAGCCCCCACCGCGCUCGAAGAAGCCACGCCGGAGCAGGACCAUCUUCACCGAGAUCCAGCUCAUGGGCCUGGAGAAGAAAUUCCAGAAGCAGAAGUACCUCUCCACCCCUGACAGGCUCGACUUAGCCCAAUCCUUGGGGCUGACUCAACUGCAGGUGAAGACGUGGUACCAGAACCGUAGGAUGAAGUGGAAGAAAAUGGUGUUGAAGGGUGGACAGGAAGCUCCAACGAAGCCCAAAGGCCGUCCAAAGAAAAACUCCAUUCCCACCUCAGAGGAGAUUGAAGCAGAGGAGAAAAUGAACAGCCAGGCUCAGAGUCAGGCAUGGGAGGGAUCUCAAGCCAAUGAGGAGCCAAAACUAACAGAGGAGAACCCAGAAGUCCUGUUGGAGACAGAGAAGUCUCCAGAACAUAUACCAGAGCCUUCCUCAGAGGUGACUACACCAUUACCAUUAAGUUAAAAGGGAAAGAAAGAAGGGGAAAAGAAGAAAAAAAAAAAAAAGA